GGGGAGGCCCCGCCCGGGCCCGGAGCAGCUUCCGGGGCAGCCGCGGCCGUUCCGGGCGGCGGCGCGGGCGCCAUGGGGGUGACGAGACAGAAGCACGCGAAGAAGAUCAUGGGCUUCUACAAGCACAACUUCCAGUUCCGCGAACCCUUCCAGGUGCUGCUGGAUGGCACCUUCUGCCAGGCCGCGCUUCGCAACAAGAUCCAGAUCCGGGAGCAGCUGCCCGGGUACCUGGGCGGCGCCGCGCAGCUCUGCACCACGCGAUGUGUCAUAAAAGAACUUGAAUCACUGGGGAAAGCACUGUAUGGAGCAAAAUUAAUUGCCCAGAGAUUUCAAGUUCGAAGCUGUUCUCACCAUAAGAAUCCUGUGAGUGGUUCAACCUGUUUACUUUCCAUGAUUGAAGAUGGCAACCCUCAUCACUUCUUUAUUGCCACACAGGACCAAGAAUUAUCAAACAAAGUGAAAAGGAAGCCUGGCAUUCCUCUCCUCUUUAUUAUUCAGAACACUAUGGUGCUGGACAAACCUUCUCCUAAAUCUUUGGCAUUUGUUCAAAAGUUGCAGACAAAUCAGCUUGUUCCAGAGUACCAAAAACAAAGUAUUGUGGAGCUUAAAGAAAAAGAAGGACUAAUAAAGCAAGAAGGUGAAAAGAGAAGAAAACGCAAAAGGGCAGGAGGCCCCAAUCCUCUCAGCUGUCUGAAGAAGAAAAAGAAGAAAACACAGGAGGGUCAGGAGCCUUCUGCUGAAAAGAAGAAAAGAAGAAAAAGAAAACGAAAUAGAGUUAAAGCAGAAGUCAUACAGUCAUGCAGUCAGAAUGAAGGAGAAUAAACCCAUCUUUGCAAAUUUUGCAAACACAAAAUUUGAACAUUGUUUGAACUUUGAAAAAAAAUAUAGAUUAAUAUACAGUCAUAUGAAAUUGAGUUGUUAAUAUUAAAAUUUAUUUUUGUGA